AUGACGCUGCUCGACAACCACCUCGAGCAGAUCUCGCUCUGCUCCGCGUCCAUCGCCGAGCUGCACUUUGCCCCGCCCAAGAUAUUCACCAAUGCCCUGCUGCAGAACCACGACAUCACCACCCUGAUCCGCGACACCGAGGCUCACGAGCGCGCCCUCUUCUCGGUCCCGCCGCCGCCCGCCGCCCCCACGCACGCUGAGCCCCCCACCUCCACCAACCGGCGCAACACCAUCUUCAAUCCCAGCGGCGGUCCUGGCGCCACCACGUCAGGCGGCGGCGCCAAUGCAGUUCGCGCUCCCAGACGUAACACCGCUGUCGCCGCUGUCCUUGGCAAUGAGCUGGUAGAGAGGAUCAGAAGAGGUGGGGGCGGUGGUGCCGGCUCAGGUCUCGGCUACCGCAAGUACGAUGCUACCAACAAGAACGACGUCGACGUCGACUCGCUGCUCGAGGGAGCCGAGAAGCUGCUAGGCGUGUACCGGGUCCCAGGCGCACACGAGAAGAUCGCUGCUAUGCGCCAACGACACGCCCGGCUCGAGUCUUCGCUGGAAUACUACGAGAGCCGUCUUGCCGAACAGACUGCACGGCUCGGCCGCCUGAAAAAAUCACGGGGAGACUACGCCGACGAAGACGCAGAGCUCGACGACGAACCACAAGAAGACGUGGUCCUGACGGCCGAGGAUCUACGCCGCGAAGAGGAGGAAGUGAAACAACUCGAGUCGAAGAAGAGGGGGCUUGAAGACAGAGUGCACUCUAUGGGCAGAGACAUUUCAGGGCUGCGGUGA